AUGUACUGUGUAACAAUAUAUAUACAUAUAUGUAGAGCAUACUCAAAUAUUCCUUUCUCUCAAUCUUUCACAAUUGUCUUGAACUACGAUAAUAAUAAUAAUAAAGGAUCUAUUCUUCUUAGAGCUUGA